AUGGGUGCUAAUGAUGUGAAUCCGUUCGGUAAGUCCAACAGGAGCUACUCCAAGUCGCCUUUCUACUCGUCUGGCAAGUCUCGAUCGUACCAUGCGAAGAAGAGGUCGAAGGCGUCGUGGGUGGAGCUCUUGAACGGCUGGUGCGGCAUCACUGCAGUACCGUGGGAUCAGAUACGUAAUAGGAUCCAGGCGGCUCGAGACGACCGCAAGCUCGACCGCUUUCGGCCGAGGUAUCCGAAGAUUCGUCGCAUAGUUCGUGCACCAAAGUUCGAUACGAUUUCUGGAGCAGUGAACUUGCUCAAUUCACUGGUCAUUGGAGUUUCCACGUACGUACGUGGAGGGUUUCGCGGUGUUGCCCUGCUGGUAGUUGGGAAUCCAGAUAUGGCACAUAAGAUAGGACUGUAUUAUCCAGACUUUCCAACUACGUUGGAGCCAAUGUGGAUCGAUGCCAUGCAAAGGUUUCUCAUUCUCAUCCUGGUUGUCGAGUUCUUCCUCAGAGUUGCUGCGGAAGGGUUAGUGUGGUUCCUAUCUAUCUCCAACUGCAUCGAUGCGUUUCUCAUAUGGAUUCCCGGAGUGCGGCCUAUCAUGCAUACGUCCCUUGUGGGGUUUGGGGUCAUUCUGCUCUUUAUCGGUGUUUCAUCAUUUGUCCUGUUUAAUUUGGUGACCGCUAUAGUGGUAGAGCAAGCGUUCUCGGCGGUGUCGGCUGACAAGGAGCUGCUGGCUAGUAUGAGGCGGUCAAGUCAACAGGAGGCUGUGGAGGCUUUGAAGAUGUUAUUUGAAGAACUCGACGAGGAUGGGAGCGGCGAGUUGUCCUCACAGGAGUUUACGGACGUGCUGGACGACCCUAAGUUCAUUCGAAGGCUGGCUAUGCUCGAUCUUGACGUAUCGGAACUACCGGAGCUGUUUACGCUGUUCGACACAGGGGACGGUAUGGUUAGCACGGAGGAGUUCUGCGAGGGCAUGCUCCUGGCAAGAGGGGGUGUUGUUUCGUGUCCACUACCCGAUAUGUUUAACUGUGUGGUCUACGCUAAGACGCUGAGCGAGGUGGUGGAGGUAUGCGGGACUGAGCAACUUGAAGAGCGGGUGUAUUUGCCAAUGCUGGAGUGUACUGACGUUCAUAUUCCGGAGCUCAUGGUGCAGAUGGAUGACGCUUUCACGGACCUGACAGUUAUGACCCAGUGUAUCAAGCCGAGUUUGUAUAAGAAAGGAAAAAUUCAGCAGAACUUCUCCAAAAUUUCGUCAGAAUCUUGA